AUGAAUUUGGACAUCAGCGAAUUCUUUGAGUCGUUGGACAGAAAAGCAAAACAUUGUUCGGACUUCAGAGACGAGAGCGCGGAUGAGGAUUUGACCCAGCUGCUGUCAGAUGAUCGUGAUGUCAGAAAAAUGCAGUUGUGUAUGUCAUGGAAGGCUCCCCACGAAAAAGAGUAUAAAAGCAGAGACGAGGGAGCUGGUGGCACAGUUCCCGUGUUUCCUUCUACCGAGCAGGCACUGUUCCAAAUAAUGAAACUUCUACUGAUUACCGUCGUAGCCGCAGUCGUGGCCCUGUGUCACGCAGGCGGUAAAGGCGGAUUUGGAGGAGGCGGCUUUGGAGGAGGUGGAUUCGGAGGUGGCGGUCAUGGAGGCGGCUUUGGAGGUGGUUCCUUCGGAGGCCGAUCAUAUGGAAGCAGCGGUUUUGGAGGAGGUUCUUUCGGUGGUGGUCACAGAGGAGGAUUUGGAGGCGGUUUUGGAGGAGGUAAAGGUGGUUUUGGAGGAGGCUCCUUUGGUGGUGGUCACGGAGGAGGAUUUGGAGGGGGCCAUGGUGGUUCCUUCGGAGGUGGAUUCUCUGGCGGACGCAGAUAUGGUUAAUGGAUUUCAUUCUUGUAAAUCAAUCAUAAAAUAAAACGGA